UUCUAACGCUGCACGCAAUACAAUUCCGGCCAACGGACUGAACAUCUGUCUUGUGGAAUUGCGCAUAAAUUGCAGCAUCUGUUUUUGCUUUGAUAACGAGUUGGCACCGGUCAGUCGCGCGAUCGUAGCAUUUGGGAGCUAUGGCCGACUACGAACGCCGACACAAUGGCGCCAGGGGGGGUGGUGGUGGGCGUAAACGGCGCUUUAGAGAGGACGACGACUACGACCGUCGGCAGAGGCGCCGAUACGAGGAGCCUUUGGUUGCUAAAAUCCGACGACAGCUGCUUACAAUUGCCGAAUCCGCAGCCCGACGAGCGGACGACGAUGCAGUAAACAUCGCCAGAAGCGUGACGGAGAACUUUGAAAAUGAGGAAAUCAAAAAUACUUUCAUCGACAUUGUCCUUGAUCUUACGCUCGAACAACCACUGAAGAUCCCCUUCCUCGCGACGACCGUUCUCGUUGUCAACAAUCUGAAGUCGGAAGUCUGCUCUGAGGUCCUCCAGAAGGCGGUUAACCUUUUGGGAGAGUAUCUCGAUGCCGGCGCGUGGCGCGAAGUCAAACUGCUUCUUCGACUUCUGGGAUGCCUGCAGUGUAUCUUCGAAGGAGACGGUAUUUUUCCUAUACUAGACGAGUUAUUCUCACGCGCCGUCGACCUGCAGACUGCAUCUUCUGACGAUGUCCUCGGCCUGGAGCUGGUGAAGAUCAUCCUUUUCACCAUUCCGUACAUAAUGGCUUCGCCGGCCACUGGAUAUGAGCAACAGGCAUCGGCUCUUCUUGAGAAGACGGAUGUCAUCACUUCCACACCCCACGCCCUUGUCGACAUGGUCAAUCCUUUUGCCCUCGGAGAUGGUCGAACGGAUGCAGUACCAAGCGUCAUCAGCCUCCUGCAAAGUCAGCUCCAGGGCGAGUCCAGUCGCGGCUGGGAGCUUGCCUGUCUUCCUCGGCCCUGGAAAGGGGUGCGGAUUAAUGAGGAAGACGAGCAACCCCCCGCGGAGUUUGGCCCCAAGUGCCCCCUCCCUGAGAUCUCCAUCCCCAACCCUGUACGGGCUGGCAAGAGGGCGAUCUACCCCGAGGUUCACCUUUCCGUCUACGCAGACCAGGAUUUCGAAACUGUUCCCCCAACCUCGGAUAUCGCAUCAUCACUGUUGCGUGAUGCGCUUGUGGACACCAUCAAUAUCCUAGACUUCAAUCGCAUUGCGACUGCCAAGUAUCUGAUCGACGUGGAUUGCUACUUCACGCCCCACACGUUCGUGAAACGCGCAACGCCUUUUGAUCGGCUACGCGACAUUCCGGGCGACCGCCCAACGUGGAAACCCGAAGAUGUCGCUGUGGAUGCUGUUUUUUCCCAGCUCUUCCAGCUGCCGUCUCCGGAGCAUAAACUCGUUUACUACCAUUCGGUACUCACUGAAUGCUGUAAGAUUGGCCCAGCUGCUAUUGCCCCUAGCUUGGGGCGAGCUAUUCGAUUCCUGUAUCGCAGCUUGGAUACGAUCGAUUUGGAUCUCAGCCACCGAUUUCUGGAUUGGUUCGCUCAUCAUUUGAGCAACUUUGGUUUCACAUGGAAAUGGAGCGAAUGGGUCGAUGAUCUUGACCUUCCGCUCAAUCAUCCAAAGAUGGCUUUCAUCACCGGUGCUCUCGACAAAGAGAUUCGCCUGAGCUUUGCGCAGCGAAUCAGAGGCACCCUCCUAGACUCUUACCAACAUUUAAUAACUGAGGGGAAGGAAAAGGACACCCCCGACUUCAAAUACUUGGAUGAUACUACACCGUAUGCCAACGAGGGCAAGGAACUGAUGCAACUUAUCCGCAAGAAAGCAACGGAUGAGGAAAUCCAGCCGGUGAUGGCUUCCAUUGAAGAGCAGGCCAAGGGCUUGGGAGUCGAAGAUCCCAUGCUCCCUUCCACAGACGCCUUCGUAACCGCCAUAUGCUUCGUUGGAUCCAAAUCCCUCUCGCACGUCUUGUCCUGCAUCGAGCGAAACAAGGAGCGGCUGCUAGCCAUUGGCCCGAAGUCCCCCGCUGCCCGUCGUCAAAUCAUCACCUCAGUCAUGGAGUACUGGGCCGACCAACCGGGCAUCGGCAUCAACAUCAUCGACAAACUGCUCAACUACACCAUCCUCACACCGCUCUCCGUCAUCGAAUGGGCCCUCGUGGACAAACUCGACGCGGGAGCAAUCCUCGCCAAGACCCAUGUCUUCGAGAUGGUCUCCGCAACAGUCGGCAAGGUCACCAACCGCCUCCGCCAGAUCGUCGCCGCGCGAACCCAGCCAGGCCUCUACGAGCCCCAGCUCAGCCUCCUCGACGAGACCCUGAAGCGCGAAAACGCCGACAUGCAGUCCCUCUUCAACGUCAUCGAAGACAGAGUCGUCUCCGUCGCAGGAGGCAGCAACGACGAGCUCAUGGAGCGCGGAGACGGCAGCGGCAAUCUCCCCGAGGACGAAAUCAUCCGGCAGUGGGGCCAGCGAUGGCUGAGAGCCUUCCGCCGCAAGGCUGCCGUAGAACAGGCCUUCAUCGCUGAGGCCAUGACCACUGCCACCCCCGUUGGCACCACGGCUCCUCCGCCUGAGAAUCCUACCUCUGCGGGAGAUGGAGAUAUGGACGUUACGGAUGCGGAUGCGGGUGCGGGUGCGGAUGCGGAUGCGCAGUCUUCUUGAAACAUGACAACCAUCCCGGGUGAACAGGCUUGAUAUCUGACUUGUCAGCGUGGUCGACCUAUUGGCUUUCUUUCUCGUAGGGGGGAACUUGUAUUCUUGUUGCUUUGUGUAUUGCUGUAUACAU